CUCCUUCUCACUUUCAGUCACUGCAAAUCUCAAGAAACCAAAACCAAACAAAACAAUGAGACUCUUCACUCUCACUUUCAUCCUCACCAACUUCUUCUUCUUCAUCUUCACCAUUCUUGUUCUCUUCCGCCAUGCCCACUCAUCUCCACCUCCAUUUGCCUGCGAUGCCUCGAACCCAUCCACAAAAUCCUUCCCAUUCUGCAAAACCGACCUGCCCAUCACUACCAGAGUCCAUGACCUCGUCUCCCGCCUCACAUUAGACGAGAAGAUCUCCCAACUCGUCGACUCUGCCCCUUCCAUUCCCCGGCUCGGUAUUCCGGCCUACGAGUGGUGGUCCGAAGCCUUACAUGGCAUCACCGACGCAGGCAAAGGCGUCGAGCUCGACUCCACCAUUAAAGCCGCCACCAGCUUCCCUCAGGUCAUUCUCACCGCCGCUUCCUUCAAUGCCAGUCUAUGGUACCGUAUCGGUCAGGUGAUUGGGACUGAAGCAAGAGCAGCUUACAAUGCUGGGCAAGCGAAGGGAAUGACAUUUUGGGCUCCGAAUAUUAACAUAUAUAGGGAUCCAAGAUGGGGAAGAGGGCAAGAGACUCCAGGAGAAGAUCCAUUGGUAACAGGGGAAUAUGCAGUGGCAUUUGUAAGAGGGGUUCAAGGUGAUUCAUUCCAAGGUGGGAAGCUCGGUGAUCAUCUUCAAGCUUCGGCUUGUUGCAAGCAUUUCACCGCUUAUGAUCUCGACAAAUGGAAUGGGAUCAAUCGCUUCAUUUUUUAUGCCAAAGUGACACAGCAAGAUUUGGCAGACACAUAUCAGCCACCAUUCCAGAGUUGCAUAGAGAAAGGCAGAGCAAGUGGCAUAAUGUGCGCAUAUAACCGCGUGAAUGGGGUCCCCAACUGCGCUGAUUUCAAUCUCCUUACUAACAAGGCUAGAAAACAAUGGCAUUUCAAUGGGUACAUCACGUCGGAUUGUGAUGCGGUGUCCAUCAUCUACACAGAUCAAAAAAUUGUUAAAACACCAGAAGAUGCAGGAAUGGAUGUCGACUGUGGUUCAUACCUGCAGAACCAUACCAAGAAAGCAGUUCAGCAGAAGAAACUGGAUGUGGCUCAAAUAGACAGGGCUCUUCAUAAUCUCUUUGCUGUUAGAAUGAGAUUAGGUCUCUUUGAUGGUGAUCCAACAAAAAGGCCGUUUGGUCACAUUGGUGCUGACCAAGUUUGCUCCCAAGAUCAUCAGGAUCUCGCUCUUGAUGCUGCCAGAGAUGGCAUUGUCCUCUUAAAGAACUCAGCUAGACUCCUUCCACUGCCAAAAUCAAAAACCAUUUCACUCGCUGUCAUUGGCCCAAAUGCCAAUUCCGCCGCAAUGCUUAUCGGAAACUAUGCAGGCCCUCCAUGCAAAACUAUUACCCCAUUACAGGGGUUACAGGGUUAUGUAAACAAUGCAAUCUACCACCCAGGCUGCAAUGCAGUUAACUGCACGUCGGCUAACAUUGAUGAAGCCGUAGCCAUUGCAAAGAAGGUUGAUUUCGUUGUUUUGGUUAUGGGAUUGGACCAAACACAAGAGAAAGAGGAACUAGAUCGAACUAGCUUACAGCUCCCUGGUAAGCAGCAGCAACUUAUCACCAGCGUAGCCAGAGCUGCUAAGAAACCAGUUGUUCUUGUGCUUCUUUCUGGGGGUCCAGUUGAUAUUACUUGGGCCAAGUAUGAUAGCAAAAUCGGUGGCAUCUUGUGGGCUGGUUAUCCAGGUGAAGCUGGAGGACUUGCAGUUGCAGAAAUUAUCUUUGGUGAUCAUAAUCCAGGGGGAAGAUUGCCAAUCACUUGGUAUCCACAAGAUUUUACCAAAAUUCCAAUGACAGACAUGAGGAUGAGGGCUCAACCAUCAUCAGGCUACCCCGGACGAACUUACCGAUUCUACAAAGGCCCCAAAGUGUAUGAAUUUGGUUAUGGCCUCAGCUACUCCACCCAUUCUUAUGAGUUUGCAUCUGUCUCCAAUGAUAAGCUCGAUUUUAGUCUAUCAUCAUCUGUUGAUAAGGUUGAGAACUCAGACUCUGCUGCUGGUUACCGGUUAGUUUCGGAGUUGGGUGAAGAAUUAUGCAAAGCAAAGUCAUUCUCAGUCACUGUUGGUGUUAGAAAUCAUGGAGAUAUGGCAGGUAAGCAUUCGGUGUUACUUUUCGUGAGGCAGGAAAAACCAAGAAACGGAAAUCCGGUGAAACAGUUGGUAGGAUUCUCGAGUGUGAAAAUAAAUGGAGGAGAAAAAGCUGAAGUUCAAUUCGUUUUGAACCCUUGUGAGCACUUUAGCAGUGGGAAUGAAGAUGGUUUGAUGGUUCUGGAAGAAGGUUCUCAUGUCUUGCUUGUAGGAGACGUAGAGUACCCCAUCCAUGUUGCAUUCUAAUAACUUUUGAGUACCCUAUCCAUGUUGCAUUCUAAUACUUACAAUUGGUUCAGGAAGACAUCCAAUAUUGAAGUUUUAUUUUUUCCAUUUGGUAACCACUGAGCAAUUUUAGUUUUACUCUGCAUUCAAUCUUCUGAAGAAUAUUGUGGUCCUCAUCAUAUAUGUAGGUAAUACUGUAAGAAUGAUGCAGUUACUACAUAUAAUAAGAAUGACAGUCUUUGGAAGUUAAGCAA